UAUGUAAUGAGAAAAGAGUGUAAUGAGAAAAGAGAGAAGGGGGAAUAUAUUGUAUUAUAUCACGAACUUGUGGUCCUUGUGACUCGGCCCAAAAGGACAUAAAAAUGGAAGCGACUCUGUGAAAAACUGAAAAUGUUUUGGUCAACACGCAAAGUGGGCUCAAAACCCAAUUCAAAUAUUGGGCACCUUCAGUAAUGGGCCGGGCUGAGAAUACACAUAUAAAUCUCGCAGAAACCCUAAGAGAAGCAUCCCCUGCUCCCGCCGCGCCUGCUGCUUCGCAAUCAAUCGCUGCACGAGGUUUUGAGAUCUCAUCAACAAUGGCUGCGACUGCGAGGACUGUCAAGGAUGUCUCUCCUCACGAAUUCGUCAAUUCUUAUGCCGCUCAUCUCAAGCGCUCCGGAAAGGUGGAGCUCCCAGAGUGGACAGACAUAGUUAAGACUGGUGUUCUGAAAGAGCUUGCUCCUUAUGAUCCUGACUGGUACUACAUCAGGGCUGCAUCCAUGGCCCGGAAGAUAUAUUUAAGGGGAGGUCUUGGUGUUGGUGCCUUCCGUAGAAUUUACGGUGGGAGUAAAAGAAAUGGAAGUCGACCCCCUCAUUUUGGGAAAAGCAGUGGAUCCGUGGCUAGGCACAUUCUGCAACAGCUGCAGAAAAUGAACAUUGUUGAGUUGGAUGCCAGAGGUGGGCGAAAAAUCACAUCCAGUGGCCAAAGGGACCUUGAUCAAGUUGCAGGACGAAUUGCUGUGGUUGCACCCUGAAGUGUAAUAUGUUUGGCUGCCGCCACCCUGUCUUGUAGCUUGUUGAGGAUUUUUCUUGGAGCAAAUAUUUGAAUGAAUUUUUAUUGAAUAUGUUAUCAUGUUUUGAUCUAAAUGGUUUUCUAUAUCUUUUGUUUUUUUAUUCUUUCUUUUCUGUUUGCUGAUGGGUUGGCUAUGUGCUUAGAAAAUAUCACAUUUUUUGGCCUGUCAAUAUUGAAAUGAAAUUCUUGAAUUGGACUUGUACUGGAACUGAGAAAUGUUUGUUUAAUUGUUUUCCUGUUAAGUUUCUUUGUGUCGUACUUACAGUUGGUGUAUCGAUUUUGGCUUGGCUUGUUUGAUAAACGAGACGUGCUUCAGCCAUUUUAAAAAGUUUGUUAAUAACUGAUCUUUGCUCAUGGUUUAUAUGUAAUUUCUUAAACUUGUAGCUUG